AUGUCCCGACGAUCCGUUCUCGAUAGCGCAGAUACCAUAUUUUGUAUUGAGGAGGGCGAUUGGUACUACGAGGAAAACAAACUCGAAGGACGUGUUACGUCUUUCUAUGUGGGAUGCGUACAGUUCUCAGAUAUUCGAAUGAAGUCCUCACUACUGUAUAAGGCGGAUUCGCUGCGUGGAGUCGUCGAAGGCGGCCUUGAACCUAUAUCUAUCCGUGACCAUGAAAUUGAAAUUUUGGCCGUCCGGAACAGGAAAUUACAAGAAGUCAAGUUCUUGAACGCCCCAAUGCUAUCGGAUAAAUCUAUAAGGUUCAUCUUGGCAUACUGUCCUGAUGUAAGAUGUGUCACGAUCGAUGCUGGAUCUGAUCAGGAAGGGGGAGUGAAGGGCACUUUCAUUGCCGAUUUAAACGCGCGGAUUAACCGGCACAAAUGGCAGGAGCUCGAGUUGAUAAGCCUGGUAAACCAACCGCUCAACAUGGUAGACAUCAAGGCGAUAUUACGGAAACGACCAAAUCUUCGCAUCGAGAUUCGUAGGAAAGUGCCUAAAGCUGUCGCGGACUCGCUUUCACAGGCCGGUAUCACCCCACCGAAGAUGCUGCACAGCUUUUGGGAAGGAGGCCGCGCUGUGCCACCAAAAGAGGCAUAA